UAUCAGAACGAUCAUAUAUUCAGUAUAGUGGAGGAUUGCAAAUGAACUCAAAUGACUCCUUUCCCUUUUUAAAGAGUCACGACUCUUCAUAAUGGUUUUGUCAUCUUUAGCCUUUGUUUGUUUGAAGUUAUUUAUUAUGUGUUUAUAAGAUGUUGAAGCUGCAGUGACUCAGAUAGAUUAGUGUUUGUCAACCGCUCUUGAGUCCAGAUACACAGGUCAGUAAAUGUCAGCGUCCAGCAUCACGGUCCAGUGCUCCUCUCCCGCAUGAGAGAGAGAAAGAGAGAGAGAGGGGGGCUGUGUUUCAGUGUCGAGUGUGUGGGCGGCUGUCAGCUGACCUGUAUGAAUCAGACCACACGAGACGAGGGUGAAGGAGAGGGCAGGAGGGAUUACUGGUGAGCCUACACACCCAGGACGCCAUCAUUGUGAAAAACCCUUCACUGCUGAAUGGUACAAAAAGCACCGUCUGCUAUCACAGCUGUCUGUUCCUUGAUGUUCCAGUUUUUCAACCACCUUAAAAUCACCAGCCACUGAGUGUGAUGUCACUUCUUUCACUCGAUUUAUUAGAAAAGACCGUAAUUUCACCUUCUUGACAUCCAUGUAUGACCUUUUAACCCCUUAUAGUCUAUUUUUCCCUUUCUAACUUCCUCAAAGUAUCUCAAAGGUUGGAAAAAAAUCAUAUUUUUUUUAUCUUGUUUGUUCAUUUGUUUGUUUUUGGUGCAUCAUUUUAGUCAGGUUUUCCCAAAAUUCAGCUGACAUAACUUUGUUGUCUCCUCUGGAAUUUAAAAUAAAGUUCAUUGCUUUUUGAACAAUUUUAGGCUGCACAGCAUGAGUUUUAAAAAAAGACGAAGACUAACAACUCAUCCCUGCUGAAGAUAUGUGUGCAAAACACCUUAAGUGAGUGUAUGGACAAUGUCUGCACGUCCUGCACGUCUGUAGGUGGUGUUGGUGUCGCUGUUACCCAGCUGUGUCAGACCGUGCCAGAUGUGAUCGUCUUUGGCACGGCGUCAGCCUCCAAACAUGAGACCAUUGCCCAGGGCGGGGUUACUCACCCUAUCGACUACCGCACCAAAGACUACGUGGAGGAAAUCCGCAAAAUCAGCCCCAAGGGUGUGGACAUUGUCCUCGACCCGCUCGGUGGUUCAGACACCCAGAAAGGCUUUAGUUUGUUGAAACCUUUGGGCUCACUCAUAGUCUUUGGUGCGGCCAAUAGUGUGACAGGCCAGAAGAAGAACCUGUUGGCCAUGGCAAAGACCUGGUACAACCAGCUCUCUCUCAGUGCGCUGAAACUGAUGCAGUCCAACAAGGCCGUGGGCGGCUUCCACCUGGGCUACAUCACUGACGAGCAGGUCAUCAGCAGGACGAUGAUCAGGCUGCUGGAGCUCUACGAGCAAGGAAAGAUCAAACCUCGCAUUGACUCAUGCUAUCACUUUGAGGAG